GGCACCGAUUAAAAUGUUUCUAAUAUGUUUUCAUAAAUCAAAACACAAAUUUUUUUUUAUCUAAAACACCUAUUUCAACUAAAAAUUGAAAAAAAAAUUCCAAAUUAGUUGCUCCCAAGAAAAUUAGAGUAGGAAAGAGUGGUGAAGUUCCUCAUGUUCUUGAAAACUGGGAAAAUGAAAUUAUUAGAGAACAAGGAGAAGAUCGUUUUUGGGAAGAAGUUCGUGUCAGACAGGUUGACAAACAUCCCUCUGAGUUUGUUGGAUAUGAUUGGAAUCGUCUAUGCUCAGAAGCACCUCCUCAUAGAAGAAGUGGUAUUCCAAGACACUCUAUUCUAAAAUUCAGGUUUGAACGUGGUGAGUUUCCCCUUGCUGCUACUAAGUUAGGUUCCAAUUCUCAAUUUGUUCAUGGUUGGGAUGAAUGGGUAACUAAGGUGUUGAAGAAUCCUUCCUAUGUUAAACUUCUCUCUUUUGUUGGCAUACUUGAUGCUAUACGUAUCACUUCCAAGCUUAAUAUUCGUAGAGAAAAAAGGAUGGAUGUGUGGCAUGCUAUUUUUGCGAGGUGGAGCACGUUUUCUCAUACUAUGAUUACUGCAUGGGGGGAAUUUACCUUCACUCUAGAAGAUGUAUGUGUUUUCUUAGAACUUCCCUAUAUAGGAAAAGAUGAUUUUCGCUCUAUUAAGCUUUCUGAAGAAGAGGUAUGUACUCGAGACUUUUUCUUCGAUCCACUUAAGAGUCUGAGUAAAACUUCGAAGGUUGCACGAUUCUCUAAUUAGAUAGGGGUUUUUUAUAAAAAGUUCAAUGCUAAAGGAAUUGAGAUUGGUUCUCCUGAGUACCAAGACCAUAAGCAUGAGUUGGUGGCUUUAGUAAUCUUUUGGUUAGCAUGACACAUACUCCCAGGGUGUUCAGAUGAUGGUAUCUCUCCAGCAAUUGUUCCUUUAGCAAUAAAAAUUGUUAAGGGAAUACAUUUUCCUCUUGCUCCACUAUAUUUAGGAUCACUAUAUAAAAGAUUAAACUUGUUCUAACUCAAAACUGUUGAGUCAGCUGGGCGUUACAAAGUUUUAACUUAUGUGGAUGCUUCCUUCAUUCAGAUAUGUCUAUGGGAAAGGUUUGGUACUUGCGCUCCCGUGCCUAAUGUAUAUCCUUUUGCAUCUUUUUCUGUGAAUAACCCUUUAUCCAGGAAUAACUACAGAGCUUUGGCAUGGCAUGAUCGACUCCCGAGAGGUAAUGUUCUUAAAGUGAUGGAUGUGACAAAAGAAUUCAAUCCCAGACCUUAUGUGCAACCCAUAAAUAGAUUCGGUGAUCCUAGAAUUUAUUAUGAUUGCCACCUUCUAUAGUCUGGAAGAAUGAGUUCACAAAGUAUUAACUUUUGUGUAUGGGUUCACAGUUUCCAAUUGCCAUCUAUGAUUGAGAGUUCCAGUUUAGGUGGAGAUAGAAAUAUUCUUUCUAUUGAGGUAUGUUCUUUUUUUAGAGUGGCACGCCAAUUUGGGUUUGACCAACCAGCUCCGCCUGACUCUUCUUCAACUAUCAGUUUUUCUUCUUGGGUUUCUUCAUUCCUCAUGGCAGAAUUUCAACUCCAUUUAGAUAAAUUUAAGAGUUGUACUGUCCCAGCUUUUGAUAGAGUUGGUAUCCAUACUUCUGGAUGGUUUGCUUAUUGGAUGGAGUGUGUUGAAGAAUGUAGAUCUUUUAUUAUGCCUUUGACGAAUCCCAAAGCUUGUCUCUACACUCCUCCUAUAAGUAACUCCGAUGUAUCCUUACGCUUGAUUUCUCUCAAAAAGAAAAAAAAUGUAAAUGAAGAAGAAGAUGAUGCUCAUCGCGCUCUUACUCAUCAAACAAAACAUGUGCAUCGAAAAAGAGAAACAACUGCGAGAGUAGAACUUAACUCGAUUGAAGAGGAAGAGACUUUUGAAGCUGAGACUGAGGAAGAAUAAUGUGACUCUAAAUGUAGUGAUGAAUCUGAUGAUGAAUCAGUUGAUGUUGAUAAAGCUAAAGUUGAGGGUGAGCCAACCCCUUUUGAUGAUUUCAUUGAUUUGGAUGUUUUAUUUCCAAAUCAUGUUCAGAACUCUACCAUGAAUCAGGCUAUUCGAGAUGAGGUUGUUCUUGAUACUGAGACUAUUCCUGCUGUUGAAGUUGUUCCUAAGUUUACUCCAAAUGUUGAGGUUAUUCAUGAUGUUGGAGUUGAUACUGAUGAUGUUAGAGCUAUUUCAAUGACUCCUGGUGCUUCUUCCUCCCCAAUGCCAGAACACAGAGAUGCAAGUAGUGCUUUUGGCACUCAAGUAGCACAUACUGAACAAAGUGGUAAGAAAGUUGACUUCCACGACUUUCAAGUUUCAUUGGAGUAUGUGGCAUACUUGGAGCAUGUUUUCAAUAUAGAGGGAGAGUUUUGGAGUACCUCCUUUGUAAAGAACGUAGACGUCAUUUGCUUAGUGAUGGAAGUGUUGGGUAGAGCUUUAGCCAUUUCCCAUGCUCCACUAAUGAGUAUUUCACCCGAGGAAUUGCAAUAGAUGUUACAGGAUUUCGAUGAUGCUUGUAACUUUGGAUUCAAGCUUGAGUGCCUCAGUGAUUGUAGAUCUAAAGCCAAGAUUUUUCUCAACAAGUCUUCCUUGGAGAAUGAGUUAGAAGACAUUGCAGCGAAGAUAGCUUUACUGAAAAAACGUGAAGCUGAAGUACAAGAACAAUUAGAUGUAUUUGCCAAUAAUAACUCUUCUCUAUGGAGUAUGUAAUUGACUAUUUUUCUUUUACUCUUUCUGAAAGCUCA